AUGAUCACCUCUAAUGCUGAUGCUUUUUCUAUGUUGAUUGAUAAAGCUGCUUGGGAACAUCUUAUUCAAGGUGUUCGGAUAUGUCGUGGUUCCCCUAGGGUCUCCCACUUGUUUUUUCGGGAGGACAGCAUUCUCUUCGCUAAAGCUACAUUGCAAGAAUUCUCUAAAGUUGCUUAUAUAAUCAGUAAAUAUGAGAGGGCAUCGAGUCAAAAGGUAAAUCUUAGCAAAACAGAGGUAGUUUUUAGCAGGAAUGUUGGUGCUGAUAGGAGACAGGAGAUUAUUGAUAUUUUGGGGGUGCGAGAAGUUGCGCGACAUGAGAAAUAUUUGGGUCUUCCGACAAUUAUUGGGCGCUCAAAGAAAGCUGUGUUUGCGUGUCUGAAAGAAAGAAUAUGGAAGAAACUGCAGGGAUGCAAAGAGAAAUUGCUUUCGAAGCCGGGGAAGGAAAUUAUGAUCAAGGUCGUGGCCCAAGCUAUUCCUUCUUAUAUGAUGAGUAUUUUCAAGAUACCAGAUGGUUUGAUUGAUGAGAUUCACGCCCUUUUUGCUCGCUUUUGGUGGGGAUCAAAUGAUACGGUUCGAAAGCUUCACUAG